AGGCCCUUUAUUCAAAGUUUGGCAAUGUAAGCUCACGCACAUCUUGUGAGAUGAGUCUGUGCUCAUGGCUUCCUUCUGUCGCUCCAGGCUGCACCUGUGGCAGAGCCUGUUCAUUUUGGAACUCUGGCAGACAAGGUCAGCCACCAGCCAAAACGCAGAGGUAGUGGUGACCUUUGCGGAAAAGACAGAUGCUUCUCCGUGGCAACCCGAGAAGUUUCUCGAAGUCUCCUACAGCGAGGUCUUGCAGCCCUUGGUGAAUGUAUCGGUCGGAGGACAGUGGCUGCAGCUGGUCUACGACAGUUCCUCAGCUUAUGCAGUAGCCUUCAUGAAAGAGUAUGAUGCGUGCUUGCCAAAGAACUUGUCAUCAUGCUACUCUUACAAGGCGGCGGAAAAGCACGGUGGUUUGCAUGUUUGUGAGGACAACAACGACCCAAAGGUGGUUUGUGAUCUCAAGAGGAAGGCAAAGUUUCUUUGUGAGAAGUACGCAGCCAACCUGUCCAGCACCACCACUCACAGUGAUGGUUUGGUUAUUGAUGGCCUGGAAUACAAUCAGCAAGGUCUUGAGGCUUUGGAUCAAGUGCAGCUGGAGGUCCACGCAACAGAAAAGCAGAUCAUGAGCUGGUCCUUUGUUCCCGUCCGGUUGCUGGUGAACAAUCUCACCGCCUCCAAGGCACCAGAUCGGGGGACUGCGAACCUCGAGCUGUUCAAAGGAGCAGACGGAAUCCUUGGCAGCUCUGGUCCUACGCUGUCGUGCCGCAAUACGACGCUAUGGAACUUGCUCCUGCAGAAGCUGAAUGUUACGAGCUUUUUCCUCGAUUUCCAUCCUCCUCAAGCUUCCAUUUUCAGCGACUCAUCCCCAAGCCGAAUCGUUUUCAAUGAGGUGGAUCCUGCUGCGGAGAAUGAGUUGUUGUGGAGUCAGCCAAAGCAGACUGGCGACAUGAUCAACGAUGCCAUGCAUGAAAUGCUGAUCUAUCAUCCAAAGGUCUGUGGCAUUGACCUGCUCUACAAUGCAUCAUCGAAUUGGCUGACGAUCCUUGACACUUCCGGGCCAUGUUUGGCAUUUCCGCCCUUCCUGUUCGACCGCUUGAUGACUCACAUCCCAGUGCAGUGCCCUUUCAAGCGCGGCGAAAAGUCUUAUGGCCGUCUUUGCUCUCCACAGGCAGGCCAAAGAGAUAAACUGCCUAUGUUGAGCUUUCAGCUGGAAGACUCAAGGGAGCCAGAACCUUCAUCCAUCCACCUGGCCUUGGAGCGCCUGAUCUUCAGGAACUCCUCUGGGCAGGAACUGCUUUGUGUUUCCAGACAAGACACCAAUACGGAGGGCACACCUGCGGACAUGAUGUAUUCGCACAUUGCUUUCGGGUCCAUGGUGGCCUCUGCACUACACAUCGUAGUUGACUUGCAGAAUGCGACAAUGGGUCUAGCUUCCAAAGGCGAUCCAGCGGCUGAGAGCUCACAGGCUGGUUGUGCAAAACAACCAACUUGCGUCGGCAUGCAGAGCUUCUUUCCUCCUCUCAACCUUUGUGAGGACCCUCCUUGCUACCGUUACCUCUUCAUGAUCGUUGACCAAGAGACCAAAACUUGCCGCUGGAGAUCUCCCAUCCCCUUGCUCUUCACACUCCUGCUGGUCUUGUUAGUGGUCCUGGACCUGGCUAGCCACAGGCUCUACAAGCAAGCAAUCCAGCGAGCCAGGGAGUACAACCAAUGAAGGGCGCAAAA